AUGGAUGAGGCCAUUAGGCGCUUUCCGCUAUUCGACACGCACUUGUCGAACUGCAUUCUGAAGAUGGCCGUGGAACUGGAUGUUUUUGUGGGCAACACCACCAUUAUGGACGAGGAGGUUUAUCAGCUCUGGUUAGAUGGCUAUACAGUGAACGAUGCAGUGAAGGUGAGGAUGGAGGGCGGUGCGCUGGAUGAGUGUGAGGCCAGUGCGGACGUGCUGCUCAGUGACACCAUGGACCAGUACAGGACCUUUCACAUGUGUGAGCGUCUGCUGCACAGUCCUCCCAAACUGGCCAAUCAGCUUCUGUUUCAGAUUCCUCCUCACAGACAAACAAUGCUCAUAGAGAGGUAUUAUAAUUUUGAUGAUGUAUUUGUCCGUGAGGUUUUGGGAAAGAAACUAUCUAAAGGAACCAAAAAAGACUUGGAUGAUAUCAGUAGCAAAACCAAUGUGACCCUAAAAAGCUGCAGAAGACAAUUUGACAAUUUCAAGAGGGUCUUCAAAGUGGUGGAGGAACUAAAAGGACCUCUAGUGGAGAAUAUCCGGCAGCACUUUCUUCUGUCAGAUAAACUUGCCAGAGAUUAUGCAGCCAUUGUUUUUUUUGCCAACAAUCGUUUUGAGACAGGCAAAAGAAAGUUGCAGUAUCUAAACUUUCAAGAUUUUGCUUUUUGUGCUGGGCAACUGAUCAACAAUUGGACAGUGGGUGCUGUCGAUAACAUGGUAGAUGAUAUGGAUGUUGAUCUUGAUAAGGAAUUCCUACAAGAGCUAAAAGAGCUGAAAAUAUUGAUAACAGAUAAAGACCUACUCGAUCAACACAAGAGUCUUGUGUGUACAGCUUUGAGGGGAAAAGCAAAGGCAUUCACAGAAAUGGAGGCUAAUUUCAAAAAUCUUUCGAGAGGUCUUGUCAACAUUGCUGCAAAGUUGACUAACACAAAAGAUGUAAGAGAUUUCUUCAUUGACCUUGUGGAAAAGUUUAUUGAGCCUUGCCGUUCUGACCGGUGGCUUGCUACAGACAUGAGACUAUUCCUUACUCACUACACAAACUCUGCGCAUAUUCUUGACACAUUCAAACACCAGAAUGUGUGGGACCGUUACAUGGGCGUUGUGAAAAGCUGCAUCUUCAAGUUGUAUCAUGACUGA